AUUACUUUUUGGCCAACCCAAUAUAUGUGAUCACAGUUACGAAGGUAAUGUGCGUUCUUUACUUCGAACGGGAUUGGAAGCCGCCCAAGAACAUGGCCGCUUGGGAUGCGCAAGCCAAUCUGCGCGGCCGAUUCGAAAACGGGUGCUUGUCCCUACUGUAUAUCCUGAUACCGUGGUUGCGUUAUAAAAUUAUCGUACCCCAUAUAUAUUUCUGCUGCAGAAACUCGCAAUAACGCGGUUUUCCAGAAGCUUCCCCAAGUACAUUCGAGUCAAAGUGUAUCUCGAGCAUCGAAGGAAAUUGGCAAAGUAAGUGAGAACAAAGCUCGAGUGAAAUUCGACGUUUUUUAUUUUCGCAGCGUCUUUUACUUUUGCAACGACUCCCAUGCGAGCCAUCGGAAAACGGUCGCGGUUCGACGUUGGACCAGAGCUCUACGUUGAACGACGAGAGUGCGCGACGCUUGAACACGUGACUAACCACGGCGCCCGCACGAUUGGCUAAACUGAUGCACGGGCCUUGAAGAGCGCGACAAGUGGCGUUAGGCACCAGUGUGGAUCGCGCACGGCACUGCGCCAGUACGUUCGCACGGAAACUGCGCGUCGCGUGCCAUCUUGGCGGUUCGUCCAUCUCGCAUUCAGCCGCACCCGGCAUUGCACCUCUUUGUUUUUAUCGAAAUUCGCCGUACAGCUGGCGACACGCGCGCGUCGCACCGCGCGCAAACGAUUCCGCAGCGCUCGACGAAGGAGACGACAGCGCGUACGCAGCGUUAUGCCGUAUCUUCUCGAGGGGCAGAAGGCUCUCGGUCGUCCCCGGCAGCGGGCCGUUAAGAAGGAGAAGGCCGGCCGGAGCGCGAGGGGCGGAGAGAGACCGCGAAGCGUCGCGCCCCAGAUAUCGGUACGGAUGACGAAGAUGCAGCAGCACCCGGUGGCAGCGGCGCGGAUAGCGCACGAGGAGCACAUACUGGAGGCGAUCGAUCAGCUGCGUCGCCGCAAAGCGCGCCCCGACGCCGAUCGCAUCUGCAAUUAUCUGCUGCGCAAGUUCUCGGUGGAUGCGCGCGACACGAUCGCCGAUCUCCACAGGCUGAUCGAGGUCGAGAAGGUGAUCCAGGUCGACUACAAGGGCAACACCAGCUACCGCAACGCGAAGAAGUGGUCGCGCCUGCAGCUCUUCAAGAACCGGCCGGAGGGCUUCCUCAAGGAGAAACUGAACUCGGGCAUGGUGUCGAGCGCGGUCGCCGAGCUCGUCGUCGAGGAGCCCGAUUACCUCGACCAGGGCGUACCGGCCGGGCGUCUGAUCGAGCAGCUGCUCGACGGCGUCUCGAGUCCGACGUCGCGCCGCGUGGUCGAGGAGUUCCUCGGUCGGGAGGUCGCGAGCGGCAACCUCGCGCGCCUGUCCAAUGGCAAUUACUCGCUAGUGGCGACGUCGGACAUGGCGACGGAUGCGACGCCGCGACGCGGCAGCGGCGGCGGCGACUCGCAGCCCGCGUCCACCGCCGUCGCGCCUCGCGCCGCGGAGAACGGCGAUGCGGCGCAACGUCGCGUCGGCAGGGACGCCGCGAGCGACGGCACCAAUGGUGUAACGACCGCAGCGACGACGACGACGACGACGGCGUCUGCGACCGCGGCGGCGGCGGAACUCUACGAGUUCAACGAGACGGACAACCUCACCGACACCACGUCCGGGUCGAACACGCCGCGAUCGCGGCAGGCCAGCAACAGUCCGAAAUUGGAUCGACAGCUGCGACAGGAACAGCGGCAAGAUUGCAUCAAGAAGGAGGAAUGCUACGAGAUCAUCGUCGGCAGGAAGGACGCAGUCGAGGAUCGCAGAAGCGAGUCGCCGCGAUCCGUCGAGAUGGCCUGCAACGGCGGCGACGUCGCCGAACAGCAGGAGACAGCGAUGCCGCCGACGGCGACGGUGCCGAACGUGGGGAACGAGGUGAAGGAGGAGGCCAAGAGCAACGACGCGCGGACGAUGCCUAACCUCAAAAGAUCCGCGAAAGCCGAGCGCAAGCAGCGUCUCUUCGCGAGGACGGACGAUCGGAUGGACAUCGAGUUCAAGUUCGAGGACUAUCAGCAGGCUGGCAAGGAGGAACCGGAGAAGCGCGAGGAGGCCGGCCGUCGGUCGAGCGAGGAUCGCGAGGACGAGGACGCCGGCAGGAGUUCGUCAACGAACACGUCCCCGACUCCGUCCAACGUAAACGCUGGUGGAAUUCGCAGUGCCAGGAGAAAGAGAGCCAGAAAGGUGUUUGAUCCGUCAGACAACAACCUGGUGAAGCGCAAACGCGGCAGGCAGCCAAGUAGUCAUAACAAAAACUCCCUGAUACAAGAUUCCCAGGACACUGCCAAGACAACUGUCAAGGAUGGCCCGUACAGACAGUGCAGCCUUUGCGCGAAGGAGAAGCAAGAGGCUCUGGUGGCCUGCAGGGACUGCACUGUACGAGCACAUCCGAGCUGCAUUUACAGUCCAGAAGAGAUACUUCAGAAGGCCAACAGCAACUGGCAGUGCGAACGCUGUAAAACUUGCACCAUAUGCUGCGAGACCUCUGACGCCGGUCCCCUAGUAACCUGUUUUGGCUGCGAUGAGGCCUAUCACUAUUUUUGCCACGCGUCGCGUGUCACGAUAUCAAAGUCAAAUUCUAAAUGGUACUGUAACGAAUGCACGCAGAAGCAACAAUGCAAAACUAACGACAACGGCAACCAAAACGGCAAUUCGAUGAAUGGAGUGAGCAGGUCGAACAGCCCGACCAAUGCGCCCAUCUUACCGCCAGUCUUGAGUCCGCAGGUGUCUCCCGCUAGAGCUUCCUCCGAGCAAAUGGAGGAGGAAGGCCUCAGAGGUCAGCCCAUCGAUCCGAAUAUUCCUGACGCGAGGAACUGGACUUCGGAACAGGUGUAUCAGUAUUUCGCUAGGCUAUUUCCCAAAGAAGCUGAAGUCUUCAGGCAACAGGAGAUCGACGGCCAUGCGCUCAUCAUGAUGAGUCGGAUGGACGUGCUACGCGGGCUCGGUUUGCUCCUGGGUCCUGCUUUAAAAAUCUACCGACACGUCCUGAAGCUUCAAAUGCGCAGGGACGAUCCCGAGCUCUAUUGGCAAUAAUAAUACGAACGCGAUUGUCUUGCAAAAUCGAGCCGCAUGGCGUUACACGCGACACGUGUAGUCUAUAAGGUUUUAAUUUGCAUCGCACAAAUUAAAGCCUUAUAACUCGAGGUAACGAUGUAACUGCUGCGAUUUAUAGAUAUGGUCCACAUUAUACACACGAUACAAUGAUGUCGCGAGCUGCGUCGCUAGAGACCUCUUGU